GAUCGAUCGCAGUCCUCAAAUCGAGGUGGGCACUCUUUAACCAUUUUACGUGAAUUGUUUGUGCUGAGAAAAAAGACUUCCCUUAGCGAGGUAUUGACUGCGUAAGAGGAAAAAUGGCAUGGUUAAGCACUCGUGCCGCUUUCCAAACAUGUAAACGUCCAUUCUCUCGUUCCUCUGUUGUUCACUGGAAAUUUUGGGAAGAUAAAGAGCUUCCUGAUCCAUUGGAGCAUGCAACAGGAUUAGAAAAACGUGAGCUGCUUGCUGCAGCAGCUGGCAAUUAUGAUCCGUAUCACAUGAAAGCUAUACAAAUCAAAGUUGACAGCACAAAAGAUAGGCCUAAUCUAGUACCAAGUGCAUUCACAAGCCGAAUCGUCGGCUGCAUUUGCGAAGCAGACUCCUCGCAUGUAAACUGGAUGUGGUUACACGAAGGCCAAGCACGUCGUUGCGAAUGUGGUCAUUGGUUUAAGCUUAUCGAAAAACCUCCACUUUAAGUUAAUGUAAUUCCUUGUUAAUUAGUAAUUUGUUUAAAACAUAGAAUUAAUAUUGUAUAAUACCAAA